AUGGCAGAAAGCGACAGUGAGGUCGCCGGCCGAAGCCAACAAUCGCCACUGGCCUCGCGACGAAGCAAAGAAGCAGACAAGAGCAAGAGCCAAUCUCGUUUCGCUGGAGCAUUUCCCCUCAGCUACAAGGAAGGCUUCAGCCAAUGGUGGUCAGCCCCUCCAGCAGCUGAAGCCGAACAUAGAGUGCUCUCGCACAUUCCCUACCUACAAUCACCUCCUACACAUACUCAGACUGCUUCCGAGCCUCCAUCCCAGAAUCCGAGUACAAUGAACGUAAGCGAAGCUUCCGAAGACUUGGCCAGGCCAAUUACCACGAAUUCCAUGACCGAUCCUUACGGCCCUCGAACCUGGCGCUCGAAAAUGGUUCAAUUGUCCGGCAAAGAUCGCGCUCUGAAUGAAUUCUCGGUCGAGCGGACGGGAGAGCAGACCGAUCAGACAAUGGUCAUCCUUCACGGCUAUGGUGCAGGUUUAGGUUUCUUCUACAAGAACUUCGAAGCACUAUCGCGCCCUCAUGGCUGGAAGUUGUAUGCUUUGGAUAUGUUGGGCAUGGGUCGAUCGUCCAGGCCGCCCUUCAAGAUACGUGCCAAAACUCGCGAGGAACAGAUCAUUGAGGCAGAAGAUUGGUUCAUCGAUUCUCUAGAGGAGUGGCGCAAGAAGAGAAAUAUUGACAAGAUGACCUUGGUCGGGCACAGCAUGGGAGGCUAUAUGUCUGUAUGCUAUGCUCUGAAAUAUCCUGGUCGUUUAAACAAGCUUAUUCUGGUAUCACCAGUUGGCAUACCAGAGGAUCCGUAUGCAGUCAGAGCAGAUAUGCCUGAACCACAAGAAUCUGGCCUGGCCAAUGAAUUUACUCAGGAUCAGCAGACAGAGACUACACAAGGGGACAACAACAAUUUUCUGAAUGCUAGGUCGAAAGCUGAAAAUGACAAAAAGACCAAAUCCAGUGCCCAACCACCUCCUCGAAAGCCCCUGCCGAAGUGGCUGACUUAUCUCUGGGAUGCCAACGUUUCACCCUUCUCUCUCGUUCGCUGGUCAGGCCCUCUCGGUCCCCGUCUAGUCAGUGGAUGGACAUCGCGACGAUUCUCCCACCUACCUUCCGAGGAGGCAGUAGCCCUGCAUGACUAUUCUUACAGUCUCUUCCGACUUCGAGGUUCUGGCGAAUAUGCGCUAGCAUACAUCCUUGCACCAGGAGCAUUCGCUCGAUCACCACUCAUUCGUCGAGUCGGAGGACUAGGACGUCAGACUUUACCUGUCUCUCCUGCCAUAGCGGCGUCUGUAGCGUCAAAGGUCUCCUCGACCUCAUCCAUACAGCAACCAAAUUCUGACAGUGCUGUUGGCAGAACCACAGCAAACCCACCAAUACAUAGUCAAAAAGAGAACGGUCUUCCUGUCGUCUUGAUGUAUGGCGAGAACGACUGGAUGGACGUCAAGGGUGGUCAUGCCGCGGUUAAAUCCAUGAAUGAAGCCAGACGUCAAGCAUUGUCGACCGCAACAGAAGAGGAAAAGCGUGCUGAUCGAGGGAGUUCCAGGGUCGUCAUUGUCCGAAAAGCAGGGCAUCACCUGUACCUUGAUAACUCGAACGAUUUCAACGAUGUCAUGCUCGAAGAGAUGGAGGAUGUGAGGAGACGAGCAGGCUAG